AUGGGUAACAAGUGCUGUAGCCGCCGUCACGAUCCCGACAGACCCUUAGUAUAUCCAGCGUACAAGAAAAACGAAGCAGGGUUUACAACAUGUCCGUCUUUGGAGACGCGGUACACAGGCGAACCCAACAAUCGAGCGGUUUCACGCAGACCGGCGGACAUCGUGCGUACACGCAACCCUGGAGCAUGCAUAUCAAACGGUGGACGUCGGGUCGUAAAAGCACUAUGUGCGUACACCGCCCGUGCGGAGUCCGAUAUUUCGUUUCGCAAAGGAGAUCGUAUGGAAGUGUUGAGCGAUGCGGAAACCGACUGGUGGAGGGUUCUGCAUCUAACCACGAGACGGGAGGGUCUCGUCCCCGCAAAUUUUGUUGCCGAGGAGAGUUCCGUCGAAUGUGAAGAUUGGUUUUUCCCGCACGUGUCAAGGAAAGAAGCGGAUAAAUUACUUCUAGCAGAAAGCAAUCCUCGUGGGACUUUCCUCGUUCGACCAGCAGAACACAAUCCACAUGGAUUCAGCCUUAGUGUCAAAGAUUGGGAAGAAGGCAGAGGGUACCAUGUGAAACACUACAAGAUAAAACCUCUCGACAAUGGCGGUUUUUAUAUAGCAACUAAUCAGACCUUCCCGAGUUUGCCAGCUCUGGUCAUGUCUUACACAAAAAACGCACUAGGUCUGUGCCACGUACUCGCCCGUCCUUGCCCUAAACCGGAGCCACAGAUGUGGGAUCUUGGUCCUGAACUACGAGAUAAGUGGGAGAUACCAAGGAGCCAGAUACAACUUAUCAAAAAACUCGGUCAGGGGAACUUCGGCGAGGUGUAUUAUGGAAAGUGGUGUAACAAUAUCGAGGUCGCCGUAAAAACACUGAGGGAAGGCACGAUGUCCAAACAGGCCUUCCUCCAAGAGGCGGCCAUCAUGAAAAAAUUCCGUCACAAACGCUUAGUCGCCCUGUACGCGGUUUGUUCACAACAAGAGCCCGUUUACAUCGUUCAGGAAUAUAUGUGCAAGGGUUCCCUACUAGAAUUUCUAAGAAAUGGUGAAGGGAAAUCCCUACAUUUCGAAGAUCUCAUAUACAUCGCGGCUCAAGUCGCUUCCGGCAUGGAAUACCUCGAAUCUAAACUUUUGAUACACAGAGAUCUAGCGGCCAGGAACGUUUUGAUAGGUGAAAACAAUGUCGCGAAGAUAUGUGACUUCGGACUCGCAAGAGUCAUCGAGGAUAACGAGUAUUGCCCUAAACAAGGGUCUCGAUUCCCUGUUAAGUGGACAGCGCCAGAGGCCAUCAUAUAUGGAAGAUUUUCGAUCAAGAGUGACGUUUGGUCGUAUGGCAUAUUACUGAUGGAGCUCUUCACGUAUGGACAAAUACCCUAUCCAGGUCUUCAUGGUAAAGAAGUAAUCGAGCAAGUCGAACGGGGUUACAGAAUGCCCAAACCUGUCGGCCACUGCUUGCCCGACGAUAUUUAUAGACUGAUGCUCCAAUGUUGGGACGCGAUUCCAGAAAAACGACCAACGUUCGAAUUCCUCAACCACUAUUUCGAAUCGUUCACAGUGACCAGUGAAAUACCGUACAGAGAAGUGCAAGACUAG